AGAUGAACUUCUCCAGCUAUGUCUACUACGACGAGGACGACUAUGCUGAAUACUACAAUGGUGACUUUGAUAAACCGUGUGAAUACAAUGAGAGCAACAGGGUGAACAGUGUGGUUGGUCCUUAUAUUUACUCCAUCAUCUGCAUCCUGGGCUUUGUGGGGAACAGCCUGGUCAUCCUCACCUAUGCCCUCUACAAAAGAAGCAGAUCCAUUAUCAAUGUCUUCCUGCUCAAUGUCGCCAUCGCUGACCUUCUGUUCGUGAUGGCUCUACCGUUCAUCAUCUACAACGAGCUGUACCAUUGGCCGAUGGGGCAGGUGGCCUGUAAGCUGCUGCGUGGUUCCUACAGCGUUAACCUGUACAGCGGCAUGCUGAUGCUGGCCUGCAUCAGCGUGGACCGCUACAUCGCCAUCGUCCAGGCUCGCCGCAGCUUCAGGCUGUCGAACAGCUACACUGAAAAAAAAAUAGAGUGGGUCUUUGCUUUACUGGUGUCUGUUCCCACUUUCUAUUUCUACCACCGGUAUGAGCCAUCACACCACAACGUCCAAUGGGUCAAUGGAACAGAAGAGGAAGAGACUCCAGUAGCUCCACAGUACGUCUGCGAGUGGAAAUUUGAGGACAGUGAGGUAGCAAAGAUGGUGAAGGUGGCUGUUCCCGGCACCCAGCUUGCCAUUGGCUUCUUCCUGCCUCUGAUCAUCAUGAUCUUCUGCUACACCACUGUCAUCAUCACUCUGAAAAAAACCAAAAAUUUCCAGCGACACAAAGCAGUCCAAGUGGCAGUGGUUGUGGUUCUGGUGUUUAUUGUCUGCCACCUGCCUUACAACCUCGCCCUCAUCUAUGACACUGUCAGCAUGUUCAAACAAAGCAGUUGUGAUGAGGUGGACUCUCUGCUAAUGGCGAAGGCUGUGCUUCAGAUUAUCGCCUACCUGCACUGCUGCCUGAACCCGGUUCUGUACGCCUUCAUUGGGGUGAAGUUCAGGAACAAUUUCAGGAAUAUAUUCCAGGACCUGUGUUGUGUGAGUAAAGGUUAUAUAUCCCCAAACCGCUCCUCAAGAUUCACCUCCAAUACCUACAUGUCCACAAUCCACCAACCAGGGAAUGGGACUAGUGAGAAGGGCAUGAAAAGACGUCGGACUUAG